AUGUACCAGAACCUGGGUCCAACUGUAUUUCCCAUUCUCUUCGCUUCUGUCAUCGCUCGUGCCACCCAUGCAAUAUUACUCUGGCGCUUGGAAAAAGGAGAGGAUAUCGGUGUACUCGACGUACUGGCAGUCAUUUGGGCAUUAUCACCAAUCGGCGGUCAAGCUUCUUCCAGGCAAAUGAUCAUAAGUAAUAAAAUACUUCUCGAUCCGACACAAGCAUAUUAUAUAAUUUCGACUGGCAGUAUGCCUUUCUUGCAGUUUCUACCUAUCGUAUCGUGGUUCUCUAUCGUGAACGCAAUGUUCAUGUCAUCCGUCAUGGGGCCGCCGACUACCAAAUCUGGUCCUGCUGAUAUAUGGGGUAAUGUCAAGAUUCCUUACAUCGAGAGGUAUGAAAAUGGCUCAACGCCUGACAGCAAUGGAUGGUUUUCAGUCAAUUCUACCAACAGCAUAUAUUCAUCACUGGUGAGAGUACCAAUUUCCGGUCUAGAUUCCUCAUCUAUCGACUCAACUUACGAUAUGAACUUAGAAUCACCAUACCUAUACCUUGACUGUCCAGUGCUAUACGACUCAUCCCAGGGGACGCCUGAUAAUGUAGCGCGCUUUGCUCAUAGCGGACCGGAUGACAAUUUUCCUUUCCGAGGACUUCUCGGCCCCUUGCCCAAUGGCGUCGAUCCAAUUGGGGCAACUGGAAGCGGCGCUUCGAUUUGGUCUUUUGACAAUAAUACUGAGAGAGUCAAUUUGGACCCGGCAUCUCUUACUCCACGAACGUUUACUUAUUUCUCAUGGGGACCCACCGCUGGUUCCAACUGCACCAUAACAUCUACAAACGUUGAAGUGACUGUUACAUGUCGCUCAUCAUCAACUUGUGUGAUAAACAAAAUACGCCGUUCCAGACUCUCACAUCCGCCUCCUGCUUACUCGCUUCUCGAAAUUAAGACGAAGCCGUUUCCCAAUCCACCAGGAACAAACAACAACUGGUGGCUGUUCUCUGCCCAUUUCGUCAACUCAAUGAGUGACUAUGGAGCAUCCGACACUACUGCGGAUCAGGAAUAUUUUUUUAACCUGGAUGAUCCUCUAUCAUCUUCCAUGGGCAUCAAUGGAGUGCGUUACAACGCGCCGAUCGUUGCCAACGAUGUUUAUGCCGAACGGCUUGGUCAACUAAUGAACACUUACUGGACUUGCAUGAAUGGGCUGCAUACGAUUUUCGGUGGCAUGACUACAAUGACCGCUGUCAUGCUAGGUGCAAACUUGAGUGACGAGAAAGUUGUCCGGGUCAACUCCUCGACCACUGUUUUCCGUAACAGAAGUAUUGAAGUGAUCCAAUGUCACAUCGGUUGA